AUGAAUAUAAAAGUCGACUAUUUUUCGCAUUUUUUGAGUCCCACUUCGUUUUAUAAUGUUGUGAGCAGUUAUAUUCCUAAACAGCUUCUAAAAGAUUUCGAUGAGAAAAGAUGUGUUGGUAAAAUCGAAUACGUUUUGAACGAUGGAGUAGAUGCAAUUCAGGAGAUACUCGAUAACUCGAAUAAUCAACUCACUGCGGAGCUUGCAUUGUACCUCAGAUUGUAUCGAAACUUUCCGAUGAGUUAUAAGUUUUUCGGAAAUCAUUCAUUCGAGCCAUAUCGAACGCGUUGUGAAGUAUGGAAAAGUAUGAAAAACGAAGAGUUCAUCAGUAAACACGAUCUUCGAGUAUGGAUGGAAUCAGAAGUUUGUUUCGUAUGGAAAGACACUGACUUGAAAGUAGCAUUCGGAUUCACCUCGAUCUUCUUCAAAACAUGCGAUGUUCAACUUGAUGGUUGCUAUGAAUUUCCUGGACAAGCUCUAACGUACUUUGGAUCUCACCUUAUGACGGAUGUUCUGGGGUGGGUGAUGUCAUCAGGGCAAAGUCCGGACCUUGGGACCUCGACUAAAUAA